AUGCAGCCACUCUCCCGUUCUGUGUCACCCAGUCCCAGCCGACUUUCCAUCAGCAGCUUUCAGAACCAUGUGCAGUCACUUGGGCUUGGAGAUCAUAGCUCUAUUCACUUGGCCUCCAGUAACAAGCCGCUUGCACCAACCGGGGCAGCCCAGCGCUACCAGUUUCGAUUUUACUUCGCCAGAGCAAUCGCCAAUACCCUCGGUCCCUUGGCUGUAGUCACAGUCUAUCUGUUCAUCGUUUUCGAGUAUCUCGAACGCGAGGAGCAGAAUGGCGUCAUCCCAAAUAGAGUCGUGAGCGCCAACGCUCUAUUCUUCACAUGGAUCAUCCUUAGCAUCUUCUCGCUGGAAUGGGCCCGCUCAGCUCUCGCUGGCUUCGAGGCCGCAGCGCUCAUGAAGCCGCGACUGGCGCCCAGCAAUGCUUUGCAGUUAAUGUGGCACACGGAUCGAGACUGGGGCCAGAUCGGUGGCUGGUGGAGAGCUAUGCUGUGCACCAUCAAGUACCUAGGCGACAAGACAUCCCGUCGUGGAUACUCUGGGAUCGGGCCCAACCGCACAUGGGACGGUCCGGCCGGCCUGUGGUGGUACCUUGGUUGCAGUAGUUUUCUGUUCUACGCAGCUGUGCCGCUAUCUGGGCUGUCGAUGAACCCAGCCGACUCUCUGGAGCUUGGAAACCAGCCAGUCGUGAUCCUCGGUGCGAAUGAGACCACCUUUGGGUCACGGGCCAAUUCCGAGGUUGCAGACGCGGCCAUGAGUGGAUGGAGGCUUGGAGGUGUCGCUACGCCUGAAACACCUACUGUCUUCUAUGCUCCGGCUGAGAGUCCUAAUGUUAGCGGCCUGUACUAUGAUGAUGCCAUUCAGGCCAUAUAUCAGUACGAUCUCUCUGGUACCUCUAUGAAAUCGCGGAACAUCACCUUCUUCUCCGGCCCUCGUGUAUCAAAUAGAGUCCACGGCGUUGCAUGGGGUCUGCUGACCACCACUUCUUGCACCCCAGUCAACAUCUAUACCGGCCUCGAGCUGAUGAACAUCUCAAGCUACGCGAACUGGUCUAUCCCAGGCAUAACAUCAAGACUAUUUAACGGCAGCGCUCUCCUCACCGGCUCAAGCUCGUACUCCCAAUACGGCAGCUCCCCUGGCGUCUACUUCCAAGACGAUGGGUUCGGCGUCAAUUUCACAUACCUCAUCGCUUCCGAUCACGACAUAAUUGGUCUGGGAAACCCGGACUACAACAACGCCUCCACGCUUCCCAUCAACGGCGCCUUCGAGAUUGCCCUUUGGCAAAGCAACCUCGAAGGCUAUCCGGUCGAUCCAGCUUUCACUAACCUGACUCGCAGUCCCCUCGUCGAGACUUCGGACAACCAGACUGGGUACGGCGUCCGCUGCACGCUCUCCACCGACGUCGGCACCGCACAACUUUCCCCCUCCAGCCACACUUUCAGUGCCUUCACCUCCAAGCCCGCCAAUUUCACGCCUGCACUCAGCGCCACUUUCGCAGCCGCGGUACCGCUCUUUGAGUACGCCGGCGGCUACGCGCUGCAGACCGUAAUUCUCUCUGCUCUGACGGGAAUCGUGCCAGGCUAUAUCGGCGCACCUUCUUGCUUGCCCAAGAAUAUCUCGCCCAGCGUUGACACCACCUGCAACGUCUUCUACAGCGCCAAUCUGGCGACGGGUGGCAACCCUGUGCAGCAGACCGUCGAUUCAGGCGCCGUGUUGAUGCGUCAGCCUACCAUCCCGCCUGAACGCCUUACCCUCGCCAUGUAUAAGAUGGUGGGUGAGGCGGCUGCCAGCGUUAUGGCCGUAGGUGCCGGGGAGUGGCAGGGUGACCUGCGCGGUCUCCGGCCAGCCAGUGAUUUGCAGGUAGGCUUCGUGCCGUGGCAGGUUGUGGUCGCGAUGUUGGGCUUGUGGGCCGUGCUCACCGUGGUGCCGCAGUUGUGGGUGUUUGGCGAGCGCAGAUGGGCAGCUACGCUGACAGGUGAGGAACUGGUGAGAUUUGGUGUGCAACUGGGCCGCCAGGGAAGAGACGUGGGUGAGGCCUGGAGAGAGGUACCUGGCUUGGUGGGUGACCUGAGACCGCAGGAGGAGGUGGGUGAGGUGGGCUUUAGUCGAUAUCGGGCGAAAGCUAGGGGAAGGGAGUAUGUGACAAGUAUGGAGCGGGAUUGCUAG